UUCUUCCAUUUCUUCGUCACUUUGCUCAUCAUCCCUUUUAUUAACCUAGCUUCCCUAAAACCCCCAUGUCCUCUCUCUCUCUCUCUCUCUCUCUCCCAAUUACUGUGUGUCAUUUUCUCACCUAGACUUCACACAAAAGAAACAACCAUUCAUGCAAUGAAUACCUUGUCAUUUCUUCUUCUUCCUUUCUCUCUCCAUAUCUCAACAAAUCUCCCAAACAAGAACACACUUUGAUCAAUAUUCUCAAGAAAAUCCAGACAUCUCCCCAAAAAAACAGAAUACCCUUUUUAUCCAUACCCAUAAAGACGCUUCUUCUUUUCUUCUCCUCCACCUCAGUAAAACAAGAACCGGCCGGGCUUCAUUCUGAGAGCUCACACAGCCAGAAAGAAUCAAAAGGGCGCGGCUACAAUCAUGGAGCUGUUUCCUGCUCAACCGGAUUUGUCCCUACAGAUCCAUCCUCCGGAUAGAAAACUAACGUCGACGUGGCAGAGAAGACCGGCAGAAGAAGCUGGGGAUCUUGAUUUAGGGUUUUGGAGAAGAGCUUUGGAACCUUCCGAUUCGAAAACCGACUCUUCGACAGAACCGAACUCAUCGCCUCUAUCCCGUUUUCUCCCGAAUUGCAAUGGCUCCGACGCCUUGAACUCGUUUCAAUUUCAGACACGAGAGAAAGAACAAGUGUUUCAAGAACAACAAAAUCAAGAACUACGACAUGGGGUUCUUCUUAUUCAAGAUCUCAACUUCUUAAGACCGAUACGAGGAGUCCCACUUUACCAAAAUCCUCCUCCACCACAGUGUUUCCCUUUCGAUCCUUCUUCUCCAUGUGUAAACAACCUUAGUGCUUGUACUAACUCCGGUUUACAAAACCCUAAUUAUCACCCUAACCAUCACCUCCAACACCGUCAUCAUCAUCAUCAUCAUCGGGGACUGAUGACAAACAAUCAGUCAAGAUUAAUGCCACGAUUUCCGGCGAAGAGAAGCAUGAGAGCUCCUCGGAUGCGGUGGACGACCACUCUCCAUGCUCGGUUCGUCCACGCCGUCCAAUUGCUCGGCGGCCAUGAAAGAGCAACACCCAAAUCGGUUCUUGAGCUCAUGGAUGUAAAAGACCUUACCUUGGCUCAUGUCAAGUCUCAUUUGCAGAUGUACCGGACAGUGAAGACCACCGACAAAGCUGCAGUUUCAUCAGGGCAAUCCGAUGUCUGUGAAAACGGAUCUUCGGGAGACAACUCAGACGAUUGGAUAUCUAGCCGUGACAGCGGAAAACAUGGUCGUGGUCUAUGGUGCAACUCCUCGGGUGAGGUACUGUUGCAUGGGAUGCCGAACGACACUGUUGGAGAAAAUACACUGCCCUCUCAGAAGGAAAUGGAUCCAAAGUGCUCAAGUUAUGAGAGAAUAUCAUCAGAAGAGAGAAGCUCAUCAAGCAUCGUCUCAGCAACAAGCCCCUCACAGCCAAAUCUCGAGUUUACUUUGGGCAGGCCUCAAUAGCUUGUUUUCACUUUUUACUAUUAACAGCUAAAAUUAAUUACUAAUAUCCAUAUUUAAUACGUACACUUUUUUUUUGUAAUUUUAAUUUUGCUGCCCUUUUGUUGGAAGGGAAAAAAAAAUGUGAGCUUUUUUUUUUUUUUUAAUUGUUGUUGUGUGUAUGUGAGGAGGCCGAGAAGUGGAAAGAUCGAGUUCAACGCUAAGGAUUAAUUAAAAACAGAUGCAUAAAUGUAAUC